AUGAAGCUGACAGAGGAGAAUCGGGAGAGCACUGAUGCCAGCAGGGGCAGGAAGGGGAAAAUGACACUUCUGCUCGCAGGUGUAACGCUGGUGUCCGCCUUUGGAUCGUCUUUCCAGUAUGGUUACAAUGUCUCCGUGAUCAACUCUCCAGCUGUGUUCAUGCAAGAGUUUUACAAUCACACCUACCUUGACAGGAAGGGCAUCCCGAUGGAGAGCAGCUUCCAAACACUGCUCUGGUCUCUCACGGUGUCUAUGUACCCACUCGGAGGUUUCUUUGGGUCCCUUAUGGUCGGCCCUCUGGUGAACAAAUGUGGCAGAAAGGGUACUUUGCUGAUAAAUAACAUCUUCUCCAUUGUCCCCGCCAUCCUCAUGGGAACCUCCAAGGUGGCAAAGACCUUUGAGGCGAUCAUCCUCUCGCGAAUCAUCGUGGGAGUAUGCGCUGGCCUGUCUUCCAAUGUCGUUCCCAUGUACCUUGGAGAGAUGUCCCCCAAAAACCUGAGAGGUGCGGUCGGGGUGGUGCCCCAGCUCUUCAUCACCAUUGGCAUCCUUAUAGCUCAGAUCCUGGGUCUUACUGACAUCCUUGGAAACGUUGAAGGCUGGCCGGUAUUACUAGGGCUAACUGGGAUCCCUGCAGUGGUGGAACUCCUCCUGUUGCCCUUCUUUCCUGAGAGUCCCAGGUACCUACUGAUACAGAAGGGCAAUGAAGAACAAGCCAGACAAGCUCUGAAGAGGCUAAGAGGCUGGGACGACGUGGAUGAUGAGAUCGAAGAGAUGCGUCGGGAAGAUCAGUCAGAAAAGUUGGAAGGUCGUCUGUCUGUGUUCAACCUCUUCACCUUCCGGGCCCUGCGGUGGCAGCUCAUCUCCAUCAUUGUCAUGAUGAUGGGCCAGCAGCUUUCUGGAAUUAAUGCGAUCUUCUACUAUGCAAACGAUAUCUUCAGGUCUGCAGGUGUGAAUGAAAACAACGUGCAGUAUGUCACCGUGGGGAUAGGUGCAGUCAAUGUGUUCAUGACUUGUGUAGCGGUUUUCAUCAUUGAGUCCCUGGGGAGGAGACUUCUGCUUCUCGCUGGCUUUGGGAUCUGCUGUGUAUCCUCUGCUGUGUUAACGGUGGCCCUCAAUCUCCAGGCCACUGUCUCCUGGAUGCAGUACCUCAGCAUAGCCUGCGUCAUCGUCUAUAUCAUUGGACACGCUAUCGGAGCUAGUCCAAUCCCCUCUGUGAUGAUCACUGAAAUGUUCCUUCAGUCGUCCCGGCCUGCAGCCUUCAUGGUGGGUGGAUCUGUGCAUUGGCUCUGCAACUUCACGGUGGGACUCGUCUUCCUUUAUAUGGUGGAAGGGCUUGGAGCCUAUUGCUUCCUUGUCUUCUGCGCCAUCUGCUUGGCCACUGUCAUUUACAUCUUCAUCAUUGUCCCCGAAACCAAGGGCAAAACCUUCAUGGAGAUUAAUCAGAGCAUGGCCAAGAGGAACAAGGUAGAAAUCCAGAUGGACAAAGAAAAGCUGAAUGAUUUCCAGCCCGCCUUCGAGACACUGCAGAAGAACGAAGAAGGAUACUCCAUCACUGGGCUCUGAACCGGUCCACGCUUUCCUCUUCACUGGAGGACCAGCUUCCUGGCUGGACCUUUGCUUUUUCAUUCAAACUUUUUCUGCAUGUCUCCCACAGUGAGAGAGCUUCCAAAGAAGCCAGAGAGCAGAGUCGCACUAGUUGCUCCCUGCCAGCGCUAGCAUGAAUGUUGAUGGCAAUGUUUGGGUUUAGAAAAUUUAUCUCCUUUCUCUGCAUUCACAGGUUGAGCUAACUGGGGACCCUAACUCUCAGGCAGCAAAACAUUGUCACUUAAUGCUUAAGCAGCAUGUCCAAAAUGCUCUGUAAACUAGUCCAAAUUCUGGAGAGGUGGGUAUCACUGUCCCUGCCUUCCAGAUAGGGUAACCGAGGCAGUGAAAUUUACAAAGAGUAAUUUGCAGAGCUGGGAUUAAAUCCCACAAGCGCCUGCCUUCCAGCCCUGCUCUGGCCAGUAGAAUGUGCUGUCCCUGGUGGAUGUAAGCUGCCAAUUCAAUGGGCGCAGCAUAACUCUGGUACGAAACAAAACAAAAAGAUACCAAGAGAAUAGUACAAUGAAAGCUCUGGGGCUGGGUAGGGAGUGGAUCAGUGCGGGGCAGUGGCCCAUCCUCAGGACCUGCUUUGUGCAGCUGCCUUAGGGCCCAUCCAGCAGCAAGAGGGACCCCACCUGGGAUGCAGUGUGGGGCAUCCAGCCCUGGUUGCACAGAAGGGGGAAAGCCCUUACCAUAAGGCUAACACCCUGUCCCUGCAUCCCUGCUGCCAUGGGACACAUGGGGGUAUCGCCCUGGUGGUCCUUCUGGCAAAUUUGACUCUUUGGGCCUCUGUAGCAUCACAUAACAUUGUGUAGUGACAUGGCUGGGAGCGGCGCCACUGUGAUAUAGGGUCCGUGCCAUGGUGCCAAGUGUGACUUCCCAGCAAAGGAGCAAAUGCAGCUCUUCCUCCUCCCUCCCACUGCUGCUCUGGGUGUUCUUGCACCCCCGGGUUCAUGAUUUCAGUGGGUGCCGCUGAAUCCAUGAACCCCCAUUAAAGUUGCCCCUGGUGCUGCCUGUCCAGUUAACUCUCCCUAAUGCAGUUUCCAUCACACAUAGCAGGGCUGGGACAAACCAACUUGGAGCUAACUAGACCCCUCCCCAGGUCAGUGCCAAGCAAGCAGGCUGUGAGCCCCUGGGAGCGCGCUCUGGCUUUCGUCAUCACUGGAAGUAUUGUCCCACUCCACCAUUCAAGCCAGUGUUGCUUAAAGAGCCACCCAAGGAAAACUGAGUGGUUGGCCCUCUGCUGUAAUCCUCCUAACCAGACAGAGGAAGCUGGUGCCUCUGAGAGCAAGUGGGCAAAAGCUCCAUCAGGCAGAAGUGUGAAGAUCCUUGAUGUGGCAAUAGCUAGCGAAACAGGGAGGUUCUCGGAAAGAACUGGCGAGGAAGACAGUAACAUUAGCCCUUAAUGCAGAAAAGGCUCUUGCUAAGUUGUGCUGGAGCGAUUGGUUUGUAGCUGUAAAUAAAUCUGAUUGGAUGAGAACUUCUGCCCGUGGCUGUCAUGGCACAGGCUGAGAGUGAGCGGUCUCUGCAUCGCAAAUGGUUGCUGAUCGCAAACGUUCUCAGUACAAGUGCCUUGUCAGGAUGGCCGGCUCACUCUUGUUGUGUAACCCUUCUAGGUGGCCUGUGGGAGCGGUGCUGAGCGCCAAUUGCACCACUGGGGGCUGCAGCUGGGGAUGAAGGGUGCAAUGAAAUUCUGACUGCAGCAGAAAUGCCAAGGGUUGGUGUCCUUAAGAGGGAGUUUUACAAUCCCCAAAAGUGACACUUUCCAGGUGGUGUGGUAGGUCAUUGCUUAAGACAGGGACUCUCAUCUUUGGCCCUUAGCAACAUCUGAUAGUCCAGGUUUUUAAUCCAACCAGCACUUAAUAGUUUGUUUUUUAAAUGUCCACUGCUUAAUAUUGCAUAUGAAAUACUCAGAUGUCCUAAUUCAUACUAAAGUCUAGGGCAUGUGGGAAUUCUAUAUGCAGUGCAAACCAGUGGCUUUUAAUAACCACAACUAUUUGCCAGUUGGAACCAAGACCUGGAUGGUUGGAGAUCCCUGAGGAUAUGAAUUUGUCCAAUGGAGUUUAAAUUUUGGACUGUAUUUGGCAAAACCUGCAAACCUUUGAUCAAGUCAUGCUCAUUUCUGGGGCAAAGUCAUAUUUUUUUGACCAUCAAGUAGUGUGUGUCACACACACACACACACACACACCCUGUGUAGCCGCCUCUCUUCUCGCGGACUUGUCAUCUCCAUAGUUAACACAGUACACAAGCUUGGAAACCAGCUUUCCAGUCUCCAAAGAGGCCCUGGCUGUAUUGUUGUCUCUUGCAGCACCUGAGUAAAAAUGUUUUAAAUCUUUAUAUAUUUACUCAAAAUGAGUGAGGUAAGUGUGAGAGUGUGCUAAUGAGUGAGUCUCACAUCCAGCGAGUGAGACUUGACGUGUCGUCUGCUGGUCACCCUGCUAUUGGUCAUGGAGCCUAAUGAUAAGUAUUAAAUCUGAUAAGAAAACACAAGAAAACAAAUUAGAAACUGAGCAGGGCGAAGUCUGCAGGCCCAGUCUGUUUGUUGCAAAGGGGUGUUUCAACACAUAGAGGGCUGUGCUGCCUGGAUGUUCAAAGAGGAAGCAGGCUUGAUUUUCAGCUAGGCCUUAGGCUUUUAGCACCAACAUGUAUUUCCAGGUGCAGUUAAAAUAAUUUGGAUAUGUAAGUAAAUGAUUGUGCCUGGAGUUCCAAGUACCAUCUUUGCAGGUGCAGUCAAGUACCUCGAGGUGAACUUAUUUGUACCCACAAUUUGCUGACACAGAAAUGGAAGCCUGAAAACCUGUCCUGAAGUGUCAGCCAAAGGACUAAGUGAAAAUUUAAUCUGAAUCCAUCUGUGUGAUGUAGACAUCAGAACCAGCUCAACUCUUCUUAGGCAAGGGGAAGAAAUGACUACAGAUUUCACACACCCCACCCCCUGCCACAAAAUGCCACUGUCUGACUUUGGUUCUCUGACUGUCGAUUCUGAUCGCACACCAGUUUCACAGAUUGACUUCACAGGAGUUAUGCCUGAUUUAUGCUGUCGUGAGAGCAGAAUCAGGCUCAUAAACUGUAAGCUGCCAGGAUCAACUGUUCCUGCAAAGCAUUUCUAAGAUCGAAAACCCCUAAAGCCCUGAAGUUCUAUAGAAGUAAGGAAUUCUUCCAACAGAGAUUGGAGCGGUCCUGGAAUUAAUGUUUCUAUUGGCGUUGGGCCAAAUCGGCGAGGUACAAACGCAGCUGCAGACGGAAGUGUUUGAAAUCUGGUCCCCUCUUGGUGGCACCGUGCUGUCACUUUUACAAGGGGGAGAAAUAACCUUUGUUUCUAACAAAAUAUACCAGAAGCAUGAGUGGUAAUUGCAUGAGUGGUAAAUGGUCCUCUAGUAAUGUUAAGGUGUUAUGAAGGAAUCAGAGGAGAAUUAUUCACUGUCACUUAUUUAGCACAUAGUGGCAGCAAAAGACUAUAUGAAAUGCAUGUAAAUUUUCUUGAGACAUGAAAACAAACCCUUAAAGACCAUACCUGUCCAACACAUGGCCCCUUAGUGUGUGUUGAUUGCAUCACGUGUUUUCUGUUCUUUUACUGCUGUCAGAAUGUUCUACUUCCACUUGGAAGAGAGGAGGAAAAAUGUUCUUGUGAUAUGUGGGGCCAGAUUCUGCACACGCACAAAUACAGACUGCGUGUGCAGCCACUGCGGCCAUUAAGGUGAGAGGAGAAUCAAGCCCUGAAAUAUACCGGGUUUGUGUGUGACUUGUUCUCUCUACAGUGGAGGAAAGAGUACAGGUGUGGAUGCAACAAUAGAAUUUUGUUUUCUUUAAUCUUGAACGGUUUUAUGUGUUGUGGCUGGUGAAAGGGGUCAGUUUGCAUCUUUGAACCUGUCAGUUGCCUUGAGUUGUUAAACCAAGAAUGGGUAUCUUUUUCUUAGAGAGUCUCUAGCCCAGGGAGGGGCUUAAUUCAGGAAUUGCUGGGUGCAAUUAUCUGGCCUUUGUUAUGCAGGAUGUCAGACUAGAUCUUCAUAAUUUUUUCUUCUAGCUUUCAACUCUAAAGAAAAGACGAUGCUGCUCGCUUUCUCCCACUAUGAUGCCCUAUUGAUGUGCCACAACUCUGGUCUCUGUAGGGAACAAGGACAGUUUAGACUCCAUGGCCUAUUCAAUCCUCAGCUCCUCUGCUGGGUCUGCCAAGAAGGGGAGCUUAUUAUGGGUGGAGGUUUAUGUGAUGUACAUACCUAGGAACUGGACUAAAACCAAUCAAACUCCUGUGACACAGGCCACUGGAUUAGAGCCAGUCCAGGCAGAGGUGAAAGGCUCUGCAUCCCAUUAAGGAGAUGCAAUUCAUGUAUUUGAGUACUGUGCAAAGCAUCUCCUUCUGGUCAAGACUCAGACCAUUGUUGGGUCAUUGUUCGCUUGGGUGAGUGAUAAAGGGAGGGGCAUGGUUUAAUUUGAUGUAUUGCUGGGUUGGGUUUAUUUAGUGCACUCACAUUCCAGGGGAAUUGCCAACUCUCCCCCACAGGAGGUACUCGUGGAGCCAGGAAGCUGGGGAAGGCAGCAGGGCUAGGAUUUGGCCUUAAAGCAGCUGCUGUCAAGGAUAAUUUAGCUCUUAAAAUCAAGAAGAAAAGAUCCAUUGGCCAAGCUGGAUAUAGAAAAGGAUCUAGAGCAGCAAUAGUCUGAGUGGAAUGUGUGAUCUCUCUUCUAGACAAACAUGCUGCCUACCAAAGGAAAAUCAAUGUCAUGAUUUAGAGCCUCUAUAGGGGGACAAUCUAGAAAAGCUUUGUGUUCCCAGGUAGCUUAGACACGGACCUCUGAAUACAUGUCCCCCCUUCAUGCUACACAGUCAGCUACGCUCCACAGCUAAAAGCCCCAUCCUGCCAGUUGCUCAGCAACCUCAGCUCCUGUUGAAACAACUGAGAGGGGGCCAUCUUCCAUGCCUUGCCAGAUCGAGCCCCUAAUGCUCGUUGGUUAGAAGCAAGGAGUCACCUACUGCCAUAGUGAGCUACCUUACAGCAGAGAGAGGUUAUACAAUCAACAACAGAAUACUGCAAAAUCAACUGAAGAACUAAUAGUGAGACUCAUUCUGUCAAAGAACAAAUGGUCUCCUUCACCCAUUCCUUCUCGAUAGGGCAAUGAUCCUAGAGUCACCACUGGCUCUGCUGAAAAUAGGCUCAGACCAUCUAUGUUUCUGUAGCCCAUUGAAGAGUUGGCCAACUCUUCUAGGCUUAUGGUAGCCACCGCCUGCCUGAUGACUGCAUUUGAACAAGACUUAUGUUUUCAAGUCUCCACUACAUGCUGGUACUGCUAUUUUUGGGUGUCCAACUUGAGAUAACUGGGAGCAGAUUUUCAAAAAAGCUCCUCUCCUGUUAUGGCCCUUAAAUAAGGGUCCGAUUUUCAAAAGUCCCCAGCAGCUGCCAUUUAUAAUACGUCUGGGCAUAUUUGCCAAAGGGCUCAGCUGCACCCAACAUGCUGCGCACACUUGAAAAGCUGGCCACUGAGGCCCUGAUUUUCAGAAGAGCAGAACAUGAUCUUUGAGUUGGGCUCCUCUGAUGGGUGCUCCACACCAUUCAAAGCCAGGCCCAAGUUGUCCAGCUGAGCACCCAGAUUUAUUGACACUGAUGAAACUCUAGGCAUCAGCUUCUUUACUGUUUGUAAGGCUAGUUUAGUCUUAAGGAGUUUUCCAGAGCUGGUUCUUAAUUAAUUAUACUCCUGAACGUUCUAUUCCUUCUG